AUGGGCGGAAGUUUUAGAAAGUUCGAUUACUAUGGGAAGGAUUCAUUUGUAUUUCAGAUUGCUGGAUCGUUCCUUUUCUUUCGUAUACUGCAGUAUGUUGUUCGAUGGUAUCUGUUCGGGAAUGGUCGGAACCAGAAUAGUGAUAGCAGCAGAGAUCUGACGGUUGUUCCACCGAAUAAGAAAUGGCGGAUAUCCAAUGAAGCCGUGUCGUUAAUUCACUCCGUAGCCAGCGGACUAUGGGCUGCUUACGUACUUCUCUUCUACAAACGUCUUUUUGAGGACUUGAUUAACGAGCGAACACAAGUAGCGCUGGAAUUGGUGUAUGUCUCAUUUGGUUAUCUGUUACACGAUUUUUUCGACUUAGUCGUGAACGAGCAGUCUGCUCGUAUUAUCGAGUUGCUUUUUCAUCAUAUCGUCGUCAUCACGGGAUUCAUUGUUACUAGAAAAUACCUCGGCGUCGUGAUGUUCGGACUUUUAAUGGAGAUAAAUUCAGUCUUCCUACAUACUAGAAGUUUAAUGAAUUUAUACGGUGUGAAGAAGAAAUCAACGUCCUUCCGUCUCGUUGCAUUGCUGAACAUCAUUACUUUGGCUGUGUUUCGUCUCAGCGUCUCCUUCUAUCUGGUUUAUUGGGCCGUGAGUAACACUUCGUUUUUUCUCAUUUUCACCAUUUCUGUGAUAUUUUCUUUGUUCUGUUCGAAUUCGGUACUUGCUUAUAGGGUUAUGGCUGCUGAUGGUCUUUUCGGUAUGAUUUGA